AUGAAUUCUGUUACUCAACUUGAGUAUCUAGACAAUUUUACUACUUCAAAAACUUUGUAAUAAAUUGUAAAAGCAUUUCCUAAUCUUGAAAUAUUAAUUGCUGGAGGGAAUUUUUUAAGAGACCUUACAGAUUUAGAUUCUCUUAAAUCUUUGAAAAAACUAGAGGUUCUCAAUAUUAUGAAUGGAAUUAAUAAACCAGUAUAUUAUUUAUUCAUUAUUGUAAGGAUUCUGAAGUUAGAAAAUAUGCUUUUGAAAUAUUGCCUAAUCUUAAAAUUUUAGAUGAAAAAGAUUAAUAUGGAUAGAUAUAUAUUAAACCUAAAUAAGAGAAAAAACAACUUGAAAUUGAAACUUAAAUUAAUAUGGAACAAGAAGAGGUGAGUCAAGAAGAUGAAGAAUCUGCUCUUUGUUCUGAUGAUAGCAAUGAAGAAGAAGAAUCUAAUAGUGAAGAUGAAGAGGAUAGUGAUUUAAGCGAUUUCAUUGAAAAAAAAGUAAAAAACGAAUGA